AUGAAGCAAGGCACAGAGGAAGAGCUGACAAGGGUUAGUAUUGUCAAAAUAGCAAAAGAAAGAAAGAAUAAGCUCCAGCUAACCCACCCACACGUUCUGGAGAAGUCUUCGUCUUCGUCUUCGUCUUCGUCUUCGUCGUCGUCUUCUUCUUCACUCUCAUUCAUUCAUCUCGCUUUCGCAAAAGUCACUGUGUGUUUCAGUUACAGGCUUACAUUACAACCGGCCAUUGGCUUUGGCAUUGAAUAUACGAAAAUUUCUUUUUUUUCUUUAAUUUUCAUUGGUUUCUCAACCUGA